CGCUGCUUUAACACGCGGUUUGAAAAUAUUGUUUUAAUAUUAUCUUCCCGUUGGUUUAAUUUUUUUUUUAUUUACUCUCGUCGUCAAUCCGCGGUUUUAAUCCACACGCAUUCCCGUGUCGGUCGUGCAGUGCCGUUCAGUGUCCGUACGAUCGUCCGCAAUAUUUUCGGGUUUUGAAUAUAUACGUGUAUAUGUAAAUAUAUAUAUAAUAUAUAUAUAUAUAUACAAUUAAAAAUACAUCGACAAUUUUUUAAAAUUUUUUUAAACGCCGUGCGUUAACGUUUAACGACGACGAUAUACAAUCCGCAUCGGCAUACGACAGCAUAAUGCGGUGGCGUUGACGGACUCUCGCACUCAUCCAUAAUAUUUCUGGCGACCACAAAAUAAGGACGUGUACCUAUUGUAAGACCGUGCAACACCACAUAAACACUAUACGGACGUGCGGCCAAUAAUCGCACCGCUGUGUAAUAACCCUGUCUCCGGUCGCAACUUUCGCGCCCGUCAUGAGUUCAAAGUUCAUCAUCGACAGCAUGUUGCCCAAGUACCAUCAACAGUACCACCAUCAGCUCUUGAACCCCGUGAUCACGUCCGGCGGCGGGCUUGACUCUUCGGCCGUCAACUACAGCUUGACGCCCAACAACUCGUCGUCGAGCAGCGCGGGCGGCUCGCCGCCGUCCACGUCGUCGCUGGUCUCGCCGGCCGCCGGCCGCAUGUACCCCGCGUACGCCGUCCACCAUCACCAACAGCAGUUCGGCUCGGGGGCCGGUUCCAUGGCGUUCACGUCGCCGGGCUCGGCCGCCCUGGCCGCCGCCGUCCAGGACGCCGCGGACAAGACGUCGUCGUCGUGCCGGUACGGCGGUGGCGUCGGCGGCGUGAGCGUCGGCGGCGUGUCUGCGGCCGACACGAUGGUCAACAGCUACGCCGCUCUGCACCAUCACCACAACCAGAACGGCGCCGGCGGCACCGGAGCCGUGUCGUCCAUGGCCGCGGCCGCUCAGUUCUAUCACCAGGCGGCCGCCGCGUCCGCCGUGGCCGCCGACCCCCUCAACACCGCGUGCGGCGGACAGCCCGGCGCCCCCGGACCGCAACCCAUGCCCGACAUACCUCGGUAUCCGUGGAUGUCCAUUACAGAUUGGAUGAGUCCGUUCGACAGAGUUGUUUGUGGUCCGAACGGAUGCCCGCGUCGUCGCGGUCGUCAGACGUACACCAGAUUCCAGACACUGGAGCUGGAAAAGGAAUUUCAUUUCAAUCACUACCUGACCCGGAGGCGGAGGAUCGAGAUUGCGCAUGCCCUAUGCUUGACCGAGCGACAGAUCAAGAUUUGGUUCCAGAACAGGCGUAUGAAACUCAAGAAGGAGUUGCGGGCCGUCAAGGAGAUCAACGAGCAGGCCCGCCGGGAACGGGACGAACAGGCCAAAAAGCAAGAUCACACGAAAAUGGACGUAGUAGGCGGUGGCGGUGGUAUGCACCAACAGCAACAGCAACAGCAACAGCAGCAACAACAGCAGCAGCAGCAAAUGUCGCACCAUCAGAUGUCUCAUGAACAGCAGCAGCACAAAUUGCAGAUGGGCGGCCUGGACAAGGGAUCCGCCGACAUGCUCAAGGCUAAAACGUAAACGCAGCAAGCGAGCAGCGACAACGUUUCGCGCACAGUAAUAGAGUAAUGAUAAUAAUAAUGAUUAAUUAUAAUUACAUGUCGCAUGAUUAUUAUUGUUAUUGUUUUUAUAAUAACGUUGUAUAGAAUUUCUCUUUCGAUUCGAAAAAUACGUAAAUAAUUUAUAAAUAUAUAUU